AUGUUGGCUGCAGCGCGCGUCCUACGUGCGGCAAAGACGGUGGUCGGGAUAAGCUACAAGGACGUGGCAGGGGGCAAGGCUGCGAUGAAGAAGGCCGUGCAGUGGGCGCAGCCGUCGGACACCAUAGUGGCGCUGAGCAUCCCCAAGCUGGUGCCCGAGAUGAUGCUGUCCUCCAUGAGCGACCCCGCGGACGCGGACGAGUCGACCUUCGAGGCCCUGGCCAACCUGCCGUCGAAGGUGAGCGCGAGCAUGCAGCAGCAGCUCCAGGAGGUGGCGGCUCAAGAGAUGGAGGCGCUGGGCAAGAAGGUCGAGAUCAAGUACAAGGUCCUGCCCCCGUCGAACGACCCGAAGGCGAGCAUGGUGCAGGCGUGCUCGGCCGAGAAGGCCUCGAUGCUCGUCGUCGGACCCGGGAUGACGGGCAACGGGAGCUUCGCGGCCUACAUGGUCUCCAACGCCAAGGGCAUCACCGUCUGCGCCGUGCGGGACCACGUAGUGUGA